CAAAAGCCCGUGGUCUUGGCGUGGGGGCGGGAGGAAGGGGAGCUCCGUGACUGCGGCCGGGGCUGGUUGGGAGCGGAGCGGCCGGGGCUGCCCCCGGGGCUCGCGGGGGCCAACGGGGAACGGACAAACAGACCAACGGACCAACGGCCCCAGCGCUUCGGCGGCAGCAGCGGCGGCAGCAGCGACUCUAGCGACGCGCUCUCGCUCUGACUCUUGCUCGUGCUCUUCCUCCUCCUCUCCCUGUGCCGGUGUCCCUGUGCCGGUGUCCCUGUGCCGGUGUCCCUGUCCCCGUGUCCCUGUGCCGGUGUCCCUGUCCCCUUCCCGGUCUCCCCAUCCCCUUGCCGGCCCGGGCCAUGGCCCCGGCCGUUCCCCUCUGCCGGGCGGGGCCGCCCCGUCCCCGUUCCUGGGUGGCCCGGCGCGGUGCCGGCCUCGCCCGGCUCCCGGCGCGCCGGCUGUGGCGCUGCUGGGCGCUGCUGUGGGGCUGCCUGUGGGACGGGCUCGGCCUCGCCGCCCCUUGGCUCCGCCUGGCUCGAGCCCGGCGCCUGCCGGGGCCGGCGGGGGACGCGGCCGCCGCGGCCGCUGCCGCCUCGUCGGCGGCUUCCCCGGCCGGAGCUCCGCCGCUCGCCAGCUCGGCCGCCGGCAGCGAGCCGCCGCUGGCCGCUGCGGCUGGGAAAGCCCGGCCCGAGCCGCUCGAGGGGCGCUCGGGGGCCGUGCCGGGCCCCGGCCCGAACGCUGACGGCCACGUCUCGCCCGCCCCGAAGGCCAAGGAGCCGCUGCACGAGCGCUACCGGCUGCGUUCGCUGCUGGGCAGCGGCGGCUUCGGGCGCGUCUACGCGGGGACCCGCCUGGCGGACGGAGCCCCGGUGGCCAUCAAAGCCGUGUCCCGGGAUGGCAUCCGGCGGUUGGGCGAGCUGCCUGACGGCACCCGGGCCCCCCUGGAGAUCGUGCUGCUGGACAAGGUGUCCAAUGGCUUUGCUGGUGUCAUCCGGCUGCUGGAGUGGUUCGAGCUCCCCAACGGUUUCUUGUUGGUGAUGGAGCAUCCGAAGCCGUCUCAGGACCUCUCUGGCUUAAUCAGGGCGUGGGGGUUCCUGCCGGAGGAGAUGACGUGGGGGCUGUUCCGCCAGGUGCUGCAGGCCGUGCGGCACUGCACCAGCUGCGGCGUCCUGCACCGGGACAUCAAGCCCCAGAACAUCCUCCUCCACCUGGCCACCGGCGAGACCAAGCUCCUGGACUUUGGAUGCGGCACCUUCCUUCGGGACACGGUCUACACCCGGUUUGCAGGAACACUGUCAUACAGCCCGCCAGAGUGGAUCUACCUGAAACGCUACCACGGCGAGGAGGCGACCAUCUGGUCCCUGGGCAUCCUGCUCUACCAGAUGGUCUGCGGGAAGCACCCUUUCUGCAAAGGCCCCAAGACCAUCUGGGACCAGCUCCUGUUCCCACCACGGGUCUCUCUUGAAGCUGUUUGUGUCCCAUGGGUGGCUGGAGGAGGUGGCCUGUGUCCUGCCAUCCUGCUCUCCUCCAAAAGGGAGAAUCGAUGGAGAAGUUUGGGCACAACUCUGAGCACAGCCAGCACAGCCUGGGCACGUGGACAGUGGGACAGAGGGGACAGGAUCCUUCUCCAACUGACCGGCCAUUUUCCCCCCAGGCUGCCAGGACCUUAUCAGGUGGUGUUUGUCCAUCCGCCCCUCGGACAGGCCAGCAUUGGAAGACCUUUUGUGCCAUCCUUGGGUGCAGAGCAUUCCCCUGCCCUAGAAGACGGGAGAGAUCCACGUGCUCACUUUGAUCCAGGGGCCUGACAGCUGGGCCCUCGGCAGAACGCUGACAGCCUGGUCUGGCCCCCAGGGAAGGAGAAGGGGCCUCUGGAGAAGCUGUGCCGGGUGGGCCUGCUGCUGGAGACAUGGAGGACGACGUCAAGGAUGACAAGCUCUUAGCUGACCCGGACGCCGGCGAGCUGAGGAUGAUGGACUUUGAUUCUGGCCCCUUCCUCCAAGCCGUGCUCCACACGCCGUUUGCAGAUGAGUCCACACCCAGGGGGUGCUCCCGGACGCGGGCAUUGCUCAGCCUGACUGGGCACCCAAGGUUCCCCCUUUGCUGGCGGGGAACCUGAGGAAUUCUUCAGCCGGCUGCCAAGCUGCUUCUUGGCAGGAGGGUGGGCGGGUGCUCUGGGCUGGCUGUGAAAUGGGAGCCCGGCUCUGCCACCAGCCUCUGCCACUGCCCCUUUGCUGGGCAGGGCUGGGGCAGGGGCAGCCAGCCUGCCAAAAACAAACCCCCGUGGGGGGAGCGAAGGCGGGGCUGCAGAACACCAGCUGCUUUGGGCUGCAGGCCAGGGAAGGCUUGGGCUGCCUUGGCUUAGGAGCCUUUCUUUGGGCCAACGCAGCAGGGCAGGGAGAAGGCCUGGGUUUUCCUGAGCUGGGGGAGGUGGGGUUUUUCUUUGGCCUGGACGGGUUGGGCCUUCCUCAGAACCAUGACAGAAUGUUAACAGUUUACCUUUUUUUCUUGUUUCCACUUUUGGUUUGUAAUCUCUGUUCAUGAAUUUCUUGUUUGUUUUCGAGGGAAGAGUUGGAGCUGGUGCCCAGUCCAGAUUGGGAAGGGCUGGGACCAUCCCUGGAGUGGAUCCGACGUCCCCUCUGAGAAGGCUGAGGACAUCCUUUGGGACACGCUCUUCUUCCGGCAGCAGAUCUUGUGAGAUGGGACCCUCUGCCUGAUCUCCCGUGGAUCCGAGGGAUCUCUGGAUCUUCACGCCGGCCCCAGGACUUUCCUGGAGAAGAGCACAGAUCUCCAGACUGGUCUGGGAUGGGGGAAGAUCCCACUGGAUAAUAAGGCAUUCUUUUGGGGAAUCCUGUCCCUCUAAGACGUGUGGAUCUUCCAGCUCUUUGGGUGGGUAUUUGGUGUUCCCCAAUUUGGUCUCUGGCUUUGUUUUAUCCACUGAUCAUUGUUUUGUGUUUGUAUUUGUUUCUGCACUGUAACGUUUGCACAAGUGGGUUCUAGGUCCAAAGCUGACCCCAGUUGUACAAGCAGUGAGUCAGCAGUGGGGUGUGUGGAAGAGAAAUAAUCCAAGCCCUGCCAGUGAAGUGGGAAUAGGUGAUGGGAAAUGUAGAAAUGUUGCAGGUGAAUAUUGGCAGAUGGAUGUGACUGAAUUGCCCAGAAAAGGGGGGUGUAAAGAUCUCCUAGUCUUGGGGGAUACCUUCUCUGGGUGGCCAGAGGCUUUUCCUUGUCACACCAGCCGGGCUGGGGAAGUGAGUGGAAUACUGUUGAAUCCAAGAAUCCCUGGAUUUGAGGUACAUUUGGGAAUGUCACCAGACAGAGGUGCCCACUUGACUGUAGAAGGGGUACAACAAGUCAAAUCAGGGAUGCAUUAUUGCAGAAUUCCAAAGGCCAGAGCCCCUUGGGUAAUUGAGAGGUUGUCUGAGAAGAAACCAAAUGCUUCAGUCUGCUUUGGCUCUCCUGCCAAUAGUGAAUUGGGUCUUGACUUGGGAGCAAAAUUUACAUCUCCUUUUAGUCUCAAAUGUGACCCAAGUGUUGCCUCCAAGGGAUUGUUGGGUGUGCCCUCCUUUACCUGGAAAGACAAGGAAGCCAUUCCCCAUUUCUGCCUCCCCUAUUCUGGCAAGAAAUGAUUCCUGGUCCCUGGGUGAGCACUUGUGUUCCCCAAACAGGAGACCCAGCAGUGAGUGUGCAAGUACCCCCCACCAUCUCUGACAAUCCUGCCUGUGUCCAAAGCUGUGACCCCCACUAAAGGGACAGGAGAACUGGACUGUGUUAAUGAGAGUGGCCCGUUUGUGGGAAAUCACCCCCAAUGUCCUCAAACCCUUCCUGCUGGGGAAAUGACUGAUCCUUGGCCGGUCCCCAAUGGAACGGGGUGGUGUUGGCCGUGUGGAAAUAACACCUGUGAAGGGUUGCCCCAAAGCUGGAAGGGCAUUUAUAUUUCAGCUUGCAUCAGGAUUCAGUGCUGUAGUUGUUCUAAUGCCUUGAGCUGUAAAAUGAAAUAAAGCUCCUAAGACACUCUAUCCCUUCAGGAGCUUAGUCUGGAAAAAGGGGGGAUUUGAUGUGGGAUCUAGAAGACUGCUCCCACAUUUCUCUAUGGCCAAGGAAGGAAAACUAGAAUCUUGGAGAGGUCCUGGAGAAUUGGAUCAGGGAUGUAACUAAGCAAACAGGAUGGAAGCUGAGCUCUGUGGACCCAGAGAAGAUCAAACCCAAACGUUCCAGUCUUGUGGUGAAAGGUAAUGACACUGUGUCUGCUCAGAACCAAGGUCAAGAAGUGGACACCUCAACUUUGGGGGGCACCAGAUGCCAAAAAACCCACCAGAGAGCCCUGAAGGAGACCCCAAAGGACCAACUAAGGACUUGCAAUAGGGGGUGUGACUGUGUAAAGCAAAGUGAUGUCUGUGUCUUAAGUAAGGGAGAAUAUGUAAUGAACAUGGAAACUGUGUGUGUAAUAUAAAGCCCUGUCUGUCUGUCACUGAAGUGCUGAGGCUGAACAACAGGCCCUGAGCCAAGCUGAGCUCUAGAUGAACCUUCCAACCUAACAGUGUAUUUAUCCCUGUAUUUGCUCCUUAGCUCAAACUGUGUAUGUUUGUUGGUCAAAGAUGUAGUGUGGAUAGACUACCCGUGUAUCUGCCCAUGAACCAAAUAAAUGUGCUUAUCAGUGAGA